GGUAAGUAGAUGUGAUUUUAAAAACUUUUCUUCUCUGAGGCCCCGAGCUUAUCUGCAGCUUCAAAGAAUUUGGAGCAGUUAACUGUUCAUUCUUCAUCCUCAGUUGGGCGACUCAAAAAGUAAUUAUGUCAUCCCUUUCCAUGCUAUCUCUUCCGUUGAAGAUUCACAGCAGUUCACGAAAAUCAUCUCCCAUCCCUCCAUUACUUCCCAAUCAUGUUCAUAAUUUUGGUGGUUUUUCCUCUUUUCGCCGGCUAAGCCCAUUUCCCAAGUCUGUCAAUUUUAGGACUCCGGCUCGAAACCCAUGUCGAAGUAGAGGGCAAUACUGCAUUUGCUUCUUCUCGGGUGAAGAUUCUGAGCAGAAUGAGGGCGGAUUGGACUGGCCAGUUCUAAGACGAUGGGAUGUCCCUUGGAAGUGGCAGUCAGCUACAUUGACCUCUCUGGCUUGUGGCUUGAGUUUUGUUUUGACAGGACUGAUUGAGGCAGCAGCAAUACCGUAUCUCAAAAUCCAUAUUGAAGAAUUGAGUUUGGAUGAGAAGGCAGAAUUGUUGUUUGUGGACCAAGCUAUUGCUACUGCCGCUGUGCUUGCAGUUCUAUUUGGGCUCACCAAGUCGUUUGGUCCACUUCCCGAGGAUGUGUUUCGCUAUGAUUUGAGAAAACCUUUCGAUCUCCAGUCAGGAUGGUUGUUGUGGGCUGGAAUUGGUCUUGUUGGAGCUAUUAUUGCUAUUGUGCUAACUGGUACUGCAGUUUCAUUCUUUAAUGGUGAAUCUCCCCAGAGAGAGACAGAUGCUUUAGUUCGCUUGCUUCCGUUGAUUGGAUCCUCAAGUACCAGCACUGCAUGCCUGGUCGGCAUCACUGGCGUUCUUGCCCCACUUCUUGAGGAGACUGUGUUUAGGGGGUUCCUUAUGGUAUAUCUAACUAAAUGGCUGCCUACACCAACUGCUAUCCUCAUUACUGCAGCGGUUUUUGCAUUUGCUCAUCUCACCCCUGGAGAAUUUCCUCAGCUGUUUGUACUUGGUAAUCUUUCUCCACGCAGAUUAAGAAUCAAAUGUUUCCCGCAAGUUCAAUAUUGCAUGUGAAAAGUCCAAAAAGGUGAUGUAAAGUACUUGAUGUGGAAAUAUUUUGUCUUCUGAAAUUGGUCGAGUACUGGUGAACAUAGCAUUUUGAACUUUAAUGUACAGCAUGAUAUCAAUGCCAGAAUUUUCUUUGUAACUUAAUUUUCUCGCCAAAGCUUCUGUAGGGUAGUAACUAUUAAAAAUUGAAUGAGUAGCACAAUUGGCACCUACGGCAAAAGCAAAAGGAAUCACACAAAGUACUUACGUGUUGUAUAUUGCAUAGAUGGCAUUCUAUUCUGCUCAUGACCGGUUCAAUCUAUGUAUUAUCUGAUUAUUGUUGUGUUGUGUAGGGACCGCUUUGGGAUUUUCUUAUGCUCAAACACGCAACCUUGUCACUCCAAUAACCAUACAUUCUCUUUGGAAUUCUGGAGUUAUUCUGCUUCUCACCUUUCUUCAGGUAAGUUGAUUUUAAAAUGCUCACAAAGACUUGUAUUUCAAUAUGUAUCAAGUUGCAUAUUGCGGGGAGUAGCCUACCCUAUUCUGUUGGAUUCUAUCAGUCAGUAUGUAUCUUCUCUGCCAAUAUUGUGUGGUCGAUUUCUUGUCACUGA